AUGAAUUCCAUAGUGUUUUGGAAUUGUAGAGGAGCCAAGAAAAAAAAGGCUUCCCUAUAUCUUAAGGAGAUUGUUAAAGAACAUAAAGCUAUUUUUGUUGGGCUUUUGGAAACUAAAUUGUCUUUUAUUCAUAGUAAGGAAGUGAAUACUUUAAUUGGCACUGGUUGGGAUUUCAAUUAUGUUCCAUCAGCUGGACUUUUAGGAGGGAUAUUGGUAAUGUGGAAGAGCAGGAUGGCCUCUUUUAAAGUGAUUGAUUCAUCUUCACAAUUUAUUAUUGGUGAUCUGGAUAUUCCUCUUAUUGGUAAGUGGAGGAUUGCAACUUCUUAUGGCAGCAAAGAAGUACACAAAAGAAGAGAUCUCUGGAUUGGUUUGUAUCAUCACAUUUCUAUUGAUUUUCCUUUAAUCAUAGGUGGGGAUUUUAACUGUUUGCUUGCUAAAGAAGAGAAGAAAGGAGGUAGAAGAUUUAUAAUGUCUUCAGGACCUAAAGAUAUGAAAUCUUUUUUGAUUUCUAAUAAUCUGUAUGAACUUAAAUUCAUGGGUCCUAUGUUUACUUGGAGUAACAACAAGAAAGGGCUGGAACGGAUUAUGGAAAGACUGGAUAGGAUGAUUAUUAAUUCUUAUUCUGUCAAUACUAAUCAACUUCUAGUGGUUAAGCAUCUUCCUAGAAUCGCAUCUGAUCACUGCCCUAUUCUUUUGAAUCUUAAUAGUUCAUCUCCUAAAAUCAGCAAAUCAUUCAAGUUUGAGAAUAUAUGGGCUUCUUAUCCGGCGUCAUUUUUAGUUGUGCAAAAUGUUUGGAACAGAAAAGCUAUUGGCUCUCCUUCAGAUAUGCUUAAUACUAAAAUGAGAAGAACUAUGAAGUCUUUAUACUUUUGGAGCAGGUCUAAGCACCAAAAUUUGGAACAAUUGAAGGAAAAUCUUAAAAAAGAGAUUCUACAACUUCAAGAGAAGGAAGCUAGGAAUGGAUUGCUUACUUCUGAGGAAAUCUGUUUGCUAAAAUUCAAAAUUGGAGAAUUAAACUCUACUUUGGCUCGGUUAAGUACCUGGUGGAAACAACGGGCAAAAGUAAAGUGGAUUAAUGAAGGUGACCAAAACUCUAAAUUCUUUCACUCUUUUGCUAGUGCUAGGAGAAAUGUCAAUUUCAUUGCUAGCAUUAAAGAUGAGUUGGGAAUUUUGGUAGAUAAGAAAAAUGAGAUAGAAGAAGUUUUGAUUCAGUAUUUCAGAAACAAAUGGUAUCAUAAGAAUUGUAUUCUCACUGAUUGGCCAAAGAAUAGUAAGUGUCUGGAUAAUGAAGAUAUAUUGAUACUUAGCAAAGAUGUUUCUAUAGAUGAAGUGGAAGAAGCUCUUAAAGGAACUUCGGAUUGCACAGCUCCUGGAGAAUAUGGUGUUUCUUAUUUUUUUUUUAAGAAUUACUGGCCCAUAAUUAAAGCAGAUUUAUGGAAAGCUAUCCAAAUAUUCCUACUGACAGCUGAUAUGAAUAAGAAUUGGAAAAAAACACAAAUUGUGAUCAACUUUUUGAUACCGAAGCUGAUAUCUCUGGAGCAAGCGUCAUUUAUCAAAGGAAGGACGCUUCAUGAUCAUAUUCUUAUUGCCCAAGAGUUACUUUCAUAUGCUAUUUUGGAGAUGGAAAAUAUUUGUGUGCGAAUUAGGAGCAAUAGUCCUAGAAUUUCUAAUCUUCUAUACGCUGAUGAUGUAAUGGUAUUUGCUGAAGCUAAAAUCACUAAUGUAAAGGUGAUUAAAGAAAUCAUUAAGAAGUAUUGUAACUGGACCGGACAUAAAGUCAAUACACCUAAAUCUGGGUUGCUCUUUGGUAAAGCUGUGAACACAAGAAUUAAGAGGAAGAUCAAAAAUAUAUUGGGCUAUAAUGAGGUGAAAUAA